AGCGGUGGACCUAUGGGGGACCCGUGUUGGGAUUUCACUAGUAUUUUCAAUUAAUUAGUUUACACAGCUUAUUAUUACUAAUUAGAUAGUCUUAGUGUCGUGUACUCCAACUUAAGGGUUCGGCCUUGUGUUUGUGUAGAACAUCAAAUGUGUGGAUACCAUGGUUUUAACGGCUGAAGAAGUUAAACAACGCUAUCCUCUACAUUGGAUGGUGUGGAACGAUGAGCAUGAACAUUUGAAGAGGCAUUUAGAAGAAAAUACGGUUGAAACGGAAGCAUUAGAGCUCCGGGACCCCCGAGGACGGACCCCUCUGUUAUUGGCGGUGACACUGGGCUUGACCGACUGCGUUAAAGUGCUGAUUGACGCCGGCGCUGACGUCAACUGCGUGAAAGAUGGUUGGACGGUGGUCCAAGAGGCGACGGCGACGGGCGACCCCGGUAUCCUAGGUUUAGUGUUGUCCCGGCGGGACUAUUUGCGGCACGCGGUGCGGGCAGGGGGCAUCCCGGACCUAUUGAACCGACUCAGUCUGGCCCCGGAUUUCUAUGUGGAGAUGAAAUGGGAAUUUACCAGUUGGGUGCCUUUAGUAUCGCGUAUGUGUCCGUUCGACACGUAUAAAGUGUACAAGCGGGGCGCCAACGUCCGCGUGGACACCACGCUCGUCGGCUUUGAGAACAACCACUGGCAGAGGGGCGACCGGACGUACAUAUUUAGGGGGCAAGGUGCGAACGCAACGCUAACGGAGAUGGACCACGAGCUGGGCACGAUGUGGAGCGAGACGCUGGAGCCGGCCGCGGGCCGCGCCUGGCCGCCGCCCGCGCCCGCCGCGCUCGCCGCGCGCCUGGCCCAGCCCAUCGCGCUCAACUAUCUAGAUACGGACAAGAUUAGCUUUGAGAGAAAUAAAAGCGGCAUUUGGGGAUGGAGGCAAGACAAGACGGAAGUAGUCAACACGUACGAGUGUAAAGUGUUCAGCGCGAACAACGUGGAGCUAGUCUCCAAGACCAGGACGGAGCACCUGUCCAAGGCCGACAAGAACAAGCUGGCGCCCCGGGCGCCGCUGGCCGGGCUGCUGGCGCUCGCCGACCGCGACAGCGGCGCCACCACCCCCACCACUCCCGACUCGGUUAAAGAAGACAUCGCAAACAGGAUGUCAAACUCGCGGUCGCAGCCGGAGCUCGCUGUCUCGUGGCAAGAGUACUUCUCCGACGAGCCGCUAGAGAGGGACAUCGGCAAGCCGAUGGAGACCACCACUAAGGUGCAGAAGUUCCGAGCCACGCUAUGGUUGUGUGAACAUUAUCCGUUAGAGCUCCAAGAACAGAUAAUGCCGAUCCUGGACCUGAUGGCGUCCAUGUCGUCGCCGCACUUCGCCAAGCUGAAGGACUUCAUACAGAUGCAGCUGCCCGCCGGCUUCCCCGUCAAAAUAGAAAUUCCCCUUUUCCACGUGCUGAACGCCCGUAUAACGUUCGGCAACAUAUUCGGCACGGAAACGCCGGUGCCCCACGUAGAGUGCAUACAAGAGGGCGAUCGGCUGUCGUGUAUAGUGGACGACGCCUGCUUCAAUCUGGCCAAGGGAUACAGGGAUGCACUCGCGACCGACGAACGGAUAGCAUGCAGUAUGGAGCACGACGAGAGUUUAUUGCAAUAUGCUAUUCAGCAGAGCCUCAUGGACCCCGGCACCCACGAGGACCAGGUGGACGUGUGGGAGGCGCUGCGCGGCGCGCGCUCGGCGGCGGGCUCGCCGCGCCCCGGCUCGCCGCGGGGAGGAGCCGACGUCGACCUGCGCGCGCACGAGGAGAGACAGCUGCAGAAAGCUAUCGAAGCGUCCCUCGCGGCCAUCUCGCUGUCCACACCGUCGCCCGCGUCCACACCGACCGACCCCGCGCUGCAGGAGGCCAUAGAAGAGUCCGCGAGAGAACUGGCCAAUAGGAGAGCGGAGCUCGAGGCCGAGCAGAGGGAGCUAGAUGAGGCGCUGCGCAGGUCGCUGCUGGACCACUGAGGAUCUCAAAUAUACGGUACACUAAAGCGUCCACCAAAAGAAGACUUAGCCUAUACAUACAUUAUUAAUAAUAUAGCUAAAAUGUAUAUUUAUUUAUGACACACGGUGAUCAUACAACUAUUAGUGGCACUACAUUUGUACAAGCAUCUUAAAAAUAAAUAAUGUAAAAAAAAACUAUACAACAUGUGGUACAGACACUUCUUUCAAAGAGAUAUAGUGCUGACGACCAAAGUGACCAGAUAUACCGAAACACAGCCUUAUGUCUAUGGUAACAAAGGUGUGUUACGAUAUAUUUGGCCACUUUGGCUUCUAGGCUGACUGUACCUCAUUGACCCAAGUCACGUGGUUUCUCUGUGUAAAUAAUUUUAAAAUCCAUGUAGAAGACAUUAGAGGUGAUUUUAAUAUUUAAUUCACUAAUAUUUUCUACCGAAAAUGAAUGCUUGUAUGAAGACGAAUUGCCACCAAUAAUACGUAUAUUGUGCCUCUUUCCACGCCCGAUAAUAUUGGUGAAUAUUUAUAUUUUAUUAUGUAUAAUUCGAGAAAUAUUACACGCAAAUACCUACAACUCAUGCAUAUUUUGCAAUAUUUAGCUGAUUGUAUUACAAUUAUUUUAAACUAGUUACUCACGUAUUAUGUCGAACAUCAACAUGCAUCCGACAUGACAUGUUAUGAAAAAUUAAAUUAAAUGAAAAUCUUUAUUUGGGCAACUAUAGUGGCCCAUACUUAAAUAACUUAAGACCUAGCAUACAUAUUAUAAAAAUAUAUUUUAAAACUAAACACUAGAGAAUCACAUGGUUGCGAUGCAGUUCACAACCCCGCAGUGUCAGGGAGUCGGCCGCGGAACCGCUGAAACUUGACACCCUUCGGCCAAAACUCCUCCUUGUUAUGCUCGACAUGUUUCGAUCCGUUUUGAGUAUCUUCAACUGGAGCCGUUGCUCCACCGGUCUAUACUGAUCGAGCGCGCGACGUGUGCGCCUAUCAAACCAUGUCGAGUGUUCAUUCGACUUUACACUUUCGGUGCCGGGCGCCCCGUCUCCAGUACAAAAUGAACACACAUACGUGUUCUUGGCAGUGAAUGUGUUAAUACGUACGUGAGUAAUCCGUUUAUAACAAUUUUAAUAUGUUCUAGUGUCACGGCAGUUUUGUAGUUAAAAUGUUGAUUAUUUCUCGAAUUCUACAAACUCGAUAUCAAAGUGCUGUAAAUUAAACGUACUAUGUAUACAGAAACGUAAAACGUAAUACAGCUAGCCGUAGCCAUAUUUGUAUUUGUAAUAUUUAGCCAAAAGAAUUGAGCAUGAAUUUAUUGGUAACGGUAUAAAGGUAUUCCACUAACGUAAUAAAAUUAUAAACCGCCUUUUAAUUUUUACUUUUUUACUUUCAAUCAAGUAUCAAUUAAAAAUAUAUAGAUGUUUUACAUACAAUUUCAAUGGAAAAUGCGUACUCAAUACUUUUGGACAUAUUAGCAAUAUUGGAAUUUCACUGUUUAUUUAAGAAUGGGAGCAAUAACUUAUAGCGUGAGCUAGCUAUUAUUUUAACUUUUCGACUUUAACAUGAACUAUCGGCGUACCUACUAGACUUAAUUGUAGAUAUAAUUUUAAAUAACGUAUAGACUUACCAAGCUAAUUCUGCACCGACUUGGCAAGCGACAGAGUGUGGUUUUGCCACCAAUAAACUUCAAAUUCCCAUGCUGCCCUCCUAAGCUAAAAAGCGGUAUUUGCAUUAAAUUUUCAUUGAAAAAUACGUCCUUUUAGCUUAGGAGGGCAGUAUGAAAAUAUGGCGCUUAUAGUGGCACUUCACACUUUGUCAUUUCAAAGCCUAUACAGAGUUAGUUUAGACUACAGAUGUGCAUUGUGCAAGUCACGGAAAGUUACCAAAACGGAAAAUUUCUCGGAAAUUUCUGGAAAAAAUCACAGGAAACAAACUUUUUUAAAUGGACAAUGUUGAUUUCUGAACUGUAUCAGAAGUUUCUGAAAUUUUUCCUAGUGGAAAUUUAGCAGUUUUGGAAACUUACCGACGACAUCAGUAGUUUAGUUUAGACGGAUUCCAGCGAUACUGAGAGGUAGGCUCUUAUUUUCUUUUUUAAUAUAUCUGUAAGUAGUAGUUUUUAUUGGUAACUUUAUAUAAAUAAAAUACCAAUGAAGCUACUAUAGAUACAAUUAUAGUAGUAAUACCACGGGCCCAUUUCUCGAUAUUAGACUAAUAUUAGUCCACGAACUGUCAAAUCGUAUGGGUUUAUUAGACUAAUAUCGUUCGAGAAAUGGGCCCCAGGCGUGGCUCACUCCGCGAUUUCGUCGCGUCGCUACAAGUACAUGCGUUCCUCACCAAUUUUGGUGUCUAGCCAUAGUAGUUGCCGCGUACCGCUACGGAAUGGACGCCUGCUCGCGCUUGCGCUCGUAUCUGUCGUAAUAGAUGCGUUUUGUUAGAGAGUGAACCUUCUGUACCUAGUACUACUUAUUAUUUAUUCUGUGGUAAUACUUACAUCGUUAUCGCUGAUCGUGAAAAAUCCGUGCUGAUAUGUAUGUGCGUAUUUUUUACAUGUAUGUAAUGUUAGGGCGACAUCUGUGAAAAUGUUUAUAUAUCUGAAACUGCCUUUUUGUGUCAAACUAUCCGUAGUAUAUACUCUUGUGGCACACCAUGCAAGAAAAAUGAUCAGUCAAAUUUGAAUUCCUGGUAUUAGAAAAUAUAAUUGAAUUUGUUUCGUUUUAAAAUCAAACAAAAUAAAAGCAACUCUGUUCUAUUUAAUAAUGGUUCAAAUUUCAUUCUAGGAAUUUUGUAGUCAAGUGCAAAAAUAUGGGUAUAGACAACUUACUCAAAAAUAUGUCCCAUAGUUCUUAAUUCGCUGACAUAUGAGCUAUGGGACAUGUUUUUGAGUAUGAUUUGUGCACCCAUAUUUUUACAUUUGACUAUGUACUAUUAGGACUAUGAACCCCAUGAGGCUAUAGCCACAGAUCAAUUUACGUAUCUAAUAGACCAGUAAGACGCAUUAUGGUCACCAUACAUUGACUCUCAAGAACUAAUUCAGUAUGGAGCGGUUGUCUCAAUUUAGUUUACGACCUGGGCCCAUUUCUCGAACUAUAUUACAUAUUACACUAAUAUUCUUAGUCCACGAACUGUCAAAUCCUAUGGCUUGCCAUGACAUCACACUAAUAAUAUUAGACUAAUCUGGGGCCCAUUUCUCGAACGAUCUUAGUCUAAUAUUAUUAGUCCACGAACUGUGAAAUCGUAUGGGUUGCCAUGACGACAAACUAAUAAUAUUAGAAUAAUAUCGUUCGAGAAAUAGGCCCCAGUACUAACUCCAACACGCAUGUACAGAUCUGAUGUAGUGCAUAAUUGUAUUCCAUCGUAUUUUCUCGGAAACGUUAGUAUUUGUCACGCUAAUUCGGUCAACUACAUUUUGUACCGAUACUGAAUGGAAUAGCGAGACACGUUCGUAAGUUUCACGUGAAAAUACUAUGGAAAAUAAUCUGUAGUCGGGCAAGCCACUUUUGCCCGUAGAAAAAGGCGUGAAACAGGUUCUUACUUCAAACUGGGAUGAGUCCGGUCUCCUCACGUUGUUUAUUUCUUCACAAAAGCGACUACAUAGUUAAUAUCAAAUGAAAUGAUAGUGUACAUUAUGAAUAAUCUAUUAAUCUGUGUCUAUAGCAAUAUACAAAAAAUCGUCAGAAUUGUAGUGUUGCAAACUCUUGCAAAAUUAUUUUUUCAACGUAAAUCUUGUAAAAAAUAUGUUAUAAAUAAAAAAAAUAUACAUUACCUUCCUACGCUUUAAGGGGAACACACAUUAACACUUCCUUUCCUAUAUGUUAGCGUUAUUUAAGUAUUCAUAGGGCGCAAUAAUUUGUUUAAGGUCUGUUUGCCUUUCUGAAAGAUUUCACUUUAAUUUACUAUAAAAAGAUACAUACGGAAGAAAAAAUGGAUAAUGCUAGUACAAUAAAUACUAUAUGACUGUACUUAUAUUAAAGUGAUUUCCUUCAGUAAGCCAACAUUUUUGUGCAAUAAGUAUUUUAUUGAUGUAAUGUAAUAUUAAGUUAUUACCAUUAAUUUGUCCAAAACUAUGCAAUAAAUAUUCUUAUAUCUUUCCAAAUUGAAAUUAAAUGUGGUACUUGUCUACCAAAAUAAUAUUCAUCCUUUGCUUUACAUUUUGACAUUAUAUGUUUGUUUAUGUACCUAUUCUCUAAAUUUUUUUUGAAGAAAAAUAUGAAACUCCUUUGGCGUAAUUAACGUUAUUUGUACAGUCACCCGCAAUAAUAUGUUACUCUUCGAAGGCCGCAAAAAUAUGAGACGCGCUCUUAUGGCUCUAUAAAUAACAUCGUGUCAGAUAUUUUUGCGGCCUUCGUUGUGUAAUAUAUUAUUGCAGGUGACUGUACCUAUACCUAAUGAAGGCAUACAAACACAUGUUACGUGAGAGUAAGCAUAAUCGAUUUUCGUAAGUUGUAUGUCGGGGUAAUCGCAUGAAGGUAAGGACUGUAUCUGUCCUUACAUGUCCUAAUAAACUAUAUUUCGUUGUGAACCUUGUCUUAAAUGUGUCUUCUAACUUUAACUUUGACUUUACGGCCCAAAUAGUAAGUCUAUUUAGUUAGUCUCUUAGUAGAUUUCUAGUUAGGUCUUCUCUUUUUACUUAAGAAGGCAAUAAAAGGAUUGUGUCAAUUGUAGACUUAAAAAAAAAUGUGCUCGGUAUUUGACAUGUUUAACACACUCACUACCAUCGCGAGCUACGCGCUACGAGCGUAGCUGAUACGGGAAAAACCGUAUCGGCGCGAUUCGGGAAAUGAAUUAGACGUUCACUAGAUAUGAAAUAGUAACGAUAUGGGACGUUCCACGUCAAAAGGUACCCUAUGGAGGUUGGCGCUCACGUUACGCUAUUAUUAACGCUGCUUCAAUAUUAUUGCGGCCACAAGGUACCUUUUGCCAUGGAACGUCACAUAUCGUUAGUAUUUCAUAUCUAAGGAAUUUCUAAUUCAUUUCUCGAAUCGCGGCGUAUGUAGCGAAAAGCGCCUACGAACAGUGAAUCAGCCUAGCGGGUCGCUGGUAGUGAAUGUGUUAAAAUGCCGGAGAUAUGGCAAACCGCGGCCGUAAUUUGAGGGGCCUACCGCGAACUACGUUCGACGUGUUGCCUUUCUGUCGCACUUGUAAAUUCCUACGCAAGUGUGACAGGGAGGCAACACGUCGAAUGUGUUUCGCGGUAGGCCUUCGUUGCCUCUCCCACAGGAAAUUAAUAAAUCAAAUUACCUUCCUCUAUAAAAGUAUGCGCAAGUUAACAAAGAAGUAUCCACUUUAAUUUUAUUUAUGUUUCCCUUUGUAUUUAUAAUGAUAUGAUAAUUGUGAAUUUAAGGCCCCCGAGUAUUAGAAACGGAUGUUUCGUUAUGUGAAUAUAAUUUAUUGGAGUA